AUGCCGCCCCCCGCCGCCGCCCUGCCGGCGCGCACGCCCGCCACGGCCCCCGUCGCCCCGCCCACCACAGCCUCCGCCAGCCACCGGCCGUGGGCCGGCCGCCCCGCCCACCACGGCCCCGUCUCCACCGCCCACCACGGCACCCGCCCGCCACCAUCCGUGGGCCGGCCGCCCCCACCCGCCACAGCCUUGGCCACGGCGGCCUCCCGCCCGCUACUGCCUUGGCCACGGCGGCAUCCGCCCGCCAUCGCCUUGGCCACGACCGCCCUCGCCCGCCACGGCCGCCCCCGCCCGCCCCCACCCGCGAGAAGACCUGCAGGCACUGCAGCGCGGCAGCCACGGACGCUCGGCGGCGCGGCGGAGGUGGUCGCACGUUUCUCCAGCGGGGCUCCAUGGCGGAAGCAGUUACAAUUUGGUGAAAAUUCAGCGCGCCACAUGUGA